AUGCAGCGCGGACGAGGACGUUCAAAUCGCCAACCGCGUGGCGGUAGGGGCGGGGCCAGAGGCGGUGCCAGAGGUGGCAGCACGAACGACAAUGCAUCUCGCCCAUCGAGACCCAGGCCAGCGUAUACUUCUGUCCCGCCUAUUCGGGCAAUUCAUCCCGGGGGUGGUGUUUCGAUCAUCUUGAAAGAGGACCAGCAGUCCGGCCACCAAGUCAAAGGCAUCGUUGCAGACCUAUUGACACGUGGAGAUCACCCUCGAGGUGUCAAAGUUCGACUACGUGAUGGAAGGGUUGGGAGAGUACAGGGUCUUGUGUCCGAGUCCGAGGGGAUUCAGGGCGAAGGCAUCGUUGGUGGUUCUGGUGCAAGCUUGGGCAGGAAUGGUGAAGGUGCUGCAAACGCAGGAGCAGGCAGAGGAAGAGGAGGGAGAUUUGAGAGAGACAUCAGGGAAGACGACGAGUAUCUCUUCGAAAAUCAAACCUCAAACCGGGACGUUGGAUUAUUCGCCGCAUUAGAAGAGGCCGACAGGAGGCAUGAGCGAAACACGGCCAGACCAGCUCCGCAAACGCUUGCGCCCGAAGAGCUUGCGGUUUGUCCAGUAUGCUACAAGUUCGAGGGCGAUGAAGUUUCUGUCGCAAAUCAUGUCGAGCAGCACUUCGCUGAAUGA